GCCGGCUGUCAGUCGACUUGCGUUAAAAAUUGCAUCGGGCCUGAGCACGCAAAAGAUUCGAGAGUUUCAAAUCGCAAACGAAGUUUUCACUCGAUGCUUUGCCGAGAGAGAGAGAGAGAGAGAGAGAGAUGGGGUUAGUGAAUUUCAUGAGACAAUGGAGAAGCGGAGCGAAGGAGGCGUUGGAACGCACCGCCAUCGUAGCCAAAUUCCUCUGCUUGCUUCACGUCACCAACACCUACCUCUGCUCACCCACCCUCGUGUACGGUCCUAGCAUGCUCCCCACCUUAAAUCUUACCGGUGACGUGCUGUUAGCCGAGCACCUGUCGCCCAGGCUUGGGAAGGUCGGCUCCGGAGAUGUCGUGCUUGUUCGCUCUCCCGUGGACCCCAGAAAGAUGCUCACCAAGCGGGUUGUGGGCAUGGAGGGUGAUAGGGUCACCUUCUUUGUCGAUCCCCUGCACACUGAUAGGUGUCAAUCUGCUGUGGUCCCAAAGGGGCAUGUUUGGAUUCAGGGUGAUAACAUGUAUGCCUCAAGUGAUUCACGCCAUUUUGGGCCUGUUCCUUAUGGUCUUAUUCAAGGAAAAGUGUUUCUGAGGGUAUGGCCACCCUAUGGCUUUGGAUUAUUGGAGCAAUGAGUAUGAUGAAGAUCAUACAUGAAGGUAUAUCUGGCAUGCAUUACUUUGAAUUCUCCAUGUGUUCCAUCUGAAGGAAAUCUUGUUAAUGUGGUUUAUAAGGAACUGUUAUUGCCUUUUGGUUAGGCUGAAAAGCGUGGACACUCUUCAGGUCGAGACUAAAGUGAAAAUGGCUAAUUCGGUUAAUGGAGUUCAGGCAUGUGAUGUCACCUAGCUAAUCAACCAUGUCAUGCUACAUUGUUAACAUCUUCUAAACCAUCAUCUAAUCAAUAAUUAGAAGAUGCAAUGAAAGAGAAAAAAAAAAAAAAAAAAAAAAAAAAAAAAGGAAGAAACAUUAAAACUAGGAAGUGUGUCUUGGCCUAGAUAUUGAGAUAAAAGCCAUGGCAAACAGAGCCUGCCAAAUCUGUCCGAAUGAGUAUUCACACCAGUGUCUUAGAGCACUAGCAGCAGAUUUCCAACCAUUUUCCCUAUAUUUAGGGAUCAAAACUACUUUUUGCUUCCCUAUAAAAAAAUACCCCACAAUAGAUUCCCUUACUUUUCCCUAUAUCAAUUAAAUAUUAUUUUUUUACUCUUAUUUUAUUCUUUUUCUCUCUUUCCUACUUUUUCUCUCUUCCCUAUAUCAAUUAAUUAUACUUCUUUUUUAUUAAAAUAAUACAUAGGGAAUGAAUAGUAGACAUGUAUACAUAGGGAAUCACUAUUCAUUCCCAACUCCCUCAUCUAAAUAUAGGGCAUCUGCUGUGGGAGGUUUUUUGAUGUUUUUCAUGAAAUUUUCCCUAAAUAUAGGGAAGGGAACCAAUAUAGGGUAACUGCUACUAGUGCUCUUAUAAGAUCUGCUGAGGGUAGUCAACCGCCAAUAAACUGCAACUCAACUGCCACUUCCAACAUGCCUGAAAUUUGUUACCGGAGUUAGCUUUUUUACCAUUUCAACCUCACUAUAGGAGUGUAAAGUGUCAGAAACUAAACAUGAAGCUUGUAUUUUACUGCUAA